AUGGCUACACAGCCCGACCCAGAGGACACAAUCAAGCCGGAUGGGGAAAUCCUCAAGCCGCCAGCGGCAUUUCUGUCGGAUCCUGGUUCAAAGGCUCUGUCGGAUCCUGCUUCAAAGGCUCUGUCGGAUCCUGCUUCGAAGGCUCAGCUGUCGGAUCCUGCUUCUCAGGCUCAGGAUGCAGUGCAAGCACCGGCAGGGGCAGAGGCUGCGAUGGAGUGGCUCAAGGCAAUGGUGAAAGCAGCGAAUGAUGGUGGCACCGGAUCGCAGGUGGGGUCCCUUGAGCAGUUGCUUCGACGACCGGAGACGGUGGACUUCACGAAGAUGCUGCAGCAGGGUAUGACGACACCGCAGCCGUCGGUCGGAUCGACUUCCGUGCCGACCACCCCGGCUGAAGCGCCGACGACUCCGUGCCACUUGCCCGGCUGCCGUGAGAGAGGUCGGGUGAACCGGAGUAAGAUGCAAGACCUUUUCCGGCAGUAUGUCCUCGCCGGCGAAGACUGGGGCGAGACGGAGAUUGACCUGGUCGCCAAGUAUGGCAAGGAAGCUGCCGACAGCAUCGUGGCGCAGAAGGAGAAAGAUCCGGCCAUGUGGAUGAGCAAUCCAGAUGACCCCGAGAACAAGGACAGGUGCUGGGACUCCACGAUGGAGGCCGAGGAGGCCAUGGUUUUGGCCAACUCCAACAUGCUGGAGAUAUCGGGCUUCGCACAUCAGCUGGCAGCGAACAAUGUGGAUGAGCACCUCAUCCAAGCGCUUGUGCAUGCCAUGAACUCUCAGAAAGAGGAGCUUCGCGAGAAAAGGGAUGCUGUGGAGGUUGCGGUGGCGCAAGCUAUGGACGAGGAGUCCAUGGCUCCGCGCGUCUAUCAACUCAAUAAUCAGAAUGCUAUUUACCGCGAAGCUUCCAAACACGUCAAAGUCCACUUGGCUAAGCCGAAGGCCAAAACUAAGAGUGCACCUGCGCCAAAGAAGAAAUCUGGCUGA